AUGCAAAAGGUGCAAGGACCGCCGCACCAGGUUGCUCUCCCUCCCCCGUAUGACAAGAUCCCCCCGGCUUUCCAAACUAAUGUCGUAAUCUCCGAUAUUCGCGAUGACAGCCAGAAAGAGGCUGAGUAUCGCGAAAAUCUCGCCGACUAUCUGGUCUUCCGCUUCGAAAAACUCAAUGAUCCAGGAGACGUCGAUGAGGGAGGUAACCGUAGAAAGCCCAACUGGGAAAAGGCAACUAGGACAAGAGUUGAAAUGUCAAAGGAGGCCGCCGCGGGCGAAGUCUUCCGAUUGAAGCGUAAACACCGCCAGCUCUGGGAGAAGAAGCACGCCCUAGAGCCGGCCCAACGACUGCACCUCGACCAGACCCUGCAGCUGCUCCAGGAAGGUGAGCACGACCAGCGAUUUUACUAUGAGCUGGUUCAGAUCAAGGAAAAAUCAAUCGACAAGUGCACCGCCGAGAGCCGCCUUCAUUCAAAGCAUUAUAGGGAUUAUAGAGAUGGACGCAAGAGUGCCACCACGAGACCAAAGGCCACGGCUUCUCAGGACAGUCGAGGAAGAGGCCCGGGAGAACAACGCAAGCGGGAGCAGCUAUCCAUUACUGCCUUUUAUAAGCGACUUCUUCGACCCGAACUGAAUGCCAUCGACAUGAUGAUACAGCAGAACCCGCCAACACAGCGUACACAUGCCAGCGAGGCAACGAUGUUCCUGCCGCAGGGUCUCUACGCCCGGCAGCAGGCCCACGCUCAAGCGCAACGUGGCCCGCCUGGAACACGUAUACACCCGCAGGCGUUGGCUCAACCUCAGCACCAGCGCAUAGAGACAAAGGCACAACGGCAGGCACCGCCACUGGGGCCAGGGCAAGGCCAAGCGCGAGAUCAGGGCCAACAAUCAAAUGCUUCGCCUAGGCCGCCCGUGGCACAGCAUGGUGGCGUACAGCAGCAAAGUCCGCACAACGGCCCUUCUACUGAAGUUUCACCUCAGACUCAGAGCCAAUUUGUGCAGGCUGGGCAACGCCAUCAACAGGGUGUGGCGCAGAAAAAGCCCAAUAACAGCGUCAACAUGCGCGAUUCCAGUGGCCACCGAGCGUCCGGAACGGAUCAUCGAUGCCGUCCAGCAGCAAAUCAUUCAAGGUCUCCUUCCACAUCAUCCUCGUUCUCGAGUAGCUCCAGUGAGGGAUCUCGGUAUACCCCCAUAUCAUCAUCUCUCUCCGGCGUGUCGCGACACACAGGUCGUGGGCGCCAAAGAAGUCGCAGCCGAGGGCGUCGGAGCCGCACCCGAAGCCAAAGUCCAGACCGUAAGCGGCAUUCUCAUCAACAUCGUGAAACUCCGGAGGAUUACGGCAUCGGGGCGUCUCGGAGCCAUCAUCGGCAAGAACGACAAUACCUGUCAGACACAGUGGCGCAGGGUGUAGCUUCUAUCUCUCAUGCGACACAGCCGCCGAGCCACCAUGGGCCAUCGCAAGCGGCAAUACGGUUGGCGACAGACGAAGCUUAUCGUGCAGGCAUGGCCAGAGGUCGGGCCUCCACACAAGCACUAGAAGGACGUGCCGUGGACGGCGUUGGCUAUGCGCAUCGGGUGUUCGGUGCAUCUGGAAGACGACCAGAUGUCAUUCGAUCAGGCGUACGUGUAGUCGAGCCUAGAGAUAUUACGCGACGUCGAACGAUGGAAGAAGAGCUCGAUCGAUUAAAUCAAUUGCGGAUCGAAAAUGACAUGAGGCUCGACGGCAGCUUUGAGUUAAGAAAUGGGCCUCACUUCGACGAGAGAGUGCAAUACGACAGGAGGCAACACUUUGAUGGGGAGGCGGCGUUCGUGAGAGAUGUGGAAUGUGGUGAGCUGAGGCGGCAAUUGACGCCAGAACAGCAACUCUGGGCCCAGCAAGAGGCGGGUUAUGAUAUUAUGGCCCCGGUAGUGGAGAGGGAGAGGAUGCGACAGGGCCGUGUGCCUCCGGGGUACAUAGUGUACAGGUCAAGACCCUCUAGCAACGCAUGUUUUGAGAAUCCAUUCAGGCCGAUGAAGAGCGUCGGGGCGAAUAUCUCGAGGUCCCUGGACACACAGGGGCCAUUCCCCUAUGGCAACGCAGCCUAUGACGGUUGA